AAGACUCUAAAGUAUUAAGGAAUUACAUAGAUUCACUUUUAAGUGUUCAUAUUCUAGCAUAAGGAAUGUCAGCAGACACUAAUAAUCUUUUAUAAAUACCAUUUGUUUAAAUCGUGCUAUUUAUCCAUUCAGGAUGGAUGACCUUUUCAGGAGCAUAUGUACUCUCCUGCAUACAAAGGAUUUCUUUUUAAAGGAAAAAAGUAUUAUAAUUUUUCAGUGGAAAACCUGUAAAACAACAACAAAGUGAUAUAUAAUCUAAGUAUGGCCCUGGCAAUGGAAUGACAAAUAGACAUAGUAUAGCACCAAGACUUAACUAAAAAAAUGAAUGUUAAAGCAAUGAAAAGACAGUGUUCAUCUGACAAAUGAUGAAGAGCUUGCAGAAGUUCAUAAAGCAUGUUUUUACUACUUACAUGUUCCAUUUUUAUAUUAAUUUGUCAGCACAAUUUUCCAUAAAGGCAUAUUGCAAAUGAAACGUUUACCUUUGCUUGGUAGUGUGCUAGAAUUGAAUUCCUUGCUGACUGUUAUGGAUAAGAAUAAUCUUUGAAGCUAUUUUGCUAAAGAAAUGUGUUCAAGAAAAAGAAUUGCUUAUUUUUCUCCAAAAUUAUUAACCUUUUCUUUCUAAAGUGUUAAGUAAACAAAUGUACUUUGGAUGGAUGUGUCUUAAGUACAUCUUUACUUACUGAUUUAGGCUUCUGUCUUCAAGACAGUCUGUUUUGUUGGACUUUUGUGCCAAUGCAGAGCUCAGUGAAAGAAGGAAGUGUGAUCCACCUCGGGAAAGCUUUGUUUAGAUUGAGGUUGUCCAGGUUUCAAAUAGGUACAUCUCCAAGGGAGUAUAAACUGUAUUUAUGGAGACUGAAAAAUAGAUGGACAUGUAAGAAAUUUGAUGAGAUCUCUCACUUGAAAGGCCAAUCUUAAACCUGCAGCUCACAACAUGUUCUUCUUUUCUAUAGAUUUAAAAAGUGUUAAUUCUACUUGGGUAAAUGAACAAGAAAUUUAAGACAAAAUUACAAAAUAGCGGAGGAAAGCUGUAAACCCAAGAACGAUUAUGAAAGGUAACACCUUUAAAAUUUAAAAAUGUCUGAUCUGAAAAAUAUUGUACACAGAACCCAUUGUAUUGAAAAAUUGCUGUCUGAGAACAAUUUGCAAGGUAUUGAGGAUCAUCUUAAACAACUUGAAGAUGUUGAUAUGACUAUGGAAUAUCUUCAGGGGACAGAAGUUACCAAGGCUGUAUAUAGAGUACUCAAGAGCUGCCCUUCAGGAGAAUUGAAAAAGAAAGCAAAGCAGUUAUUGUCAAGGUGGAAAGCACUUUACAAGAAUAACUGUGCUCAGUCAAUGCAAGUUAAAAAGUCAGUUUCUGUGUAUGUAGAAGAAAUUGAGCAUCUCAGUGUAGUUCCUAAAGAGCAGUCUCUGUCUCAAGGACCAUGUGAGCAGGAGGCAUUAGAUGGUACUAGUUCGAACAUUUUGGUCCCCUCACAAACUGUUAAAAAUGUGGUAUGUAACAAUGCAGAAGGCAGUAUGAAUCAGCAUUCUUCUUUUGAGGAACAACACACUGUUCAUGAAGAUUCUAAAUCUGUUGUUAGCAAAGCAAGUCUGCAGCAGGAUCUGAUAGCUCUGAGGUGUAAAUGUGUGGAUCUUCUUUAUAAAGCUUUGACUGAUUCUGCCAAAGACGAAGAAGAAACUGUUAAAUGGCUAGAGUUAGCUAAAGAAAUUGAAGAACAUAUUUUUGCUCUUUAUCCUAAAAAUGAUAAAAAGUACAAAAAUUGUGUCAGAAGUAAAAUCUCUAAUCUUAAGAACCCUAAAAGUUGCCACUUAAAAUACAACCUUUUUUCAGGAACUUUGAGCCCAAAGGCUUUUGCUGAGAUGACAGUGAUGGAAAUGGCCAGUGAUGAACUGAAAGAGCUCAGGGCUCUGUACACAAAAUCAUCAGUUCAGGAACAUCAGCUUCCGCAGGUUAUUAAUGGCACACAGACAAACAAAAUAAAGUGCAGACGCUGUGAAAAAUUUGAUUGCACUGUCACUAUGAUUGCCAGAGGAACUCUCUUUCUUCCAGCUUGGGUGCGAAACACAAAUCCAGAUGAACAAAUGUUGACUUAUGUUAUUUGUAAUGAAUGUGGAGAACAGUGGUAUCACAGCAGAUGGAUUUGUUUGUAAUGCUACCCCUCUUUAAUAAGGGACUUGGAAACAUGUAUAAGAAUGUACCUCUGUGGAAACUCUGUAAUUUGAAAUUCUCUGUUGGUAUUAUGUGGGUGCUGCCAUUAAAAACUGCAAAAUCAGUUUUAAAAAAACUGCUAAUGUAUUUUUAAAGAUUGUUUGAAUGAAUCUUAUGUGUUUUUAAGUAAUGUAAAUAUGUAAAGAAAUAAAAGGAUAAAGGGGAAAAAUGGUUACACUGUAUUUGAGUGGAAUAUUUGCUAGUAAAUCCAUUAAAAUUAUUCCAAGUGCUGA